AUGGGGGCGUCAUCGGAUGCCAAGGGAGAUAUUGGUAUGAGCAGCAAGGGAGAAAGCUUUUCAGAUAUAGCUGACAUGGAUAUUGAUGAUAAUGGAUAUGAUGAUGAUUACGAUUAUUCGACUAGCAUACAUGACCUGGGGGAAGGGUUUCUGAAGAUUUUUUGUAAGGAAGCUGCAAUAGCUUUCUUCAACGAGUAUGGCCUCAUUAGUCAUCAAAUCAACUCAUACAAUGACUUCAUCAAAAAUGGUAUACAAAGGGUCUUUGAUUCUUUUGGUGAGAUUAUAGUUGAGCCUGGGUAUGACCCAUCAAAGAAGGGAGAGAGUGAGUGGCGAUAUGCUUCUGUGAAGUUUGGCAAGGUUACCCUUGGUAUGCCAAGCUUUUGGGGUGGUUCAGAUGAUGAAAAGGAGUAUAAAAUGUUACCUAGGCAUGCUCGGCUUCAAAACAUGUCAUACGCAUCCAAGAUGAAAGUGAACAUUACUGUUGAGGUAUAUACUCAAAAGCUUGUGAGUAGUGAUAAGUUUAAGACUGGAAAAGCACAGUAUCUUGAUAAGCAAAUUCUGAGUACAGACACCAGAGACAUUAUAAUUGGCAGUGUCCCUGUGAUGGUGAAGUCUGACUUGUGUUGGAUGAAGGACUUCGAGAAAGGAGACUGUGAUUUUGACCAUGGAGGCUAUUUCAUAAUCAAGGGUGCAGAGAAGACAUUUAUUGCACAAGAACAGAGCUGUCUGAAGAGACUUCUUAUCACAAAUAAUCAGGGAUUGACAGUAGCAUACAGGUCAGAGGUUAAGAGGCAUAGGCUAAUAAUUAGGCUAGUCGGGAUUUCCAAAUUAGAAAACAUUGAAGGAGUAGAGAAAGUCCUUACUGUUUACUUCAUGUCAACGGAAAUCCCUGUGUGGAUAUGGUUUUUUGCCCUUGGUGUUUCAUCAGACAGAGAGGUGAUGAAUCUGAUUGAUUAUGACAGUGAAGAUGCCAGCAUCUCGAACAUACUCUUUGCCUCUAUUCGCGAUGCAGAUAAAUUAAAUGAUAAAGUAGAUGGGGGGUUCCGUAGGGGGAAGAAUGCCCUCAAAUAUGUGGAUGAGGUGAUAAGGAAAACCGCAUUUCCUCCUGGGGAAAGUAUGGAAGAAUGCAUUAGCCUGUAUCUGUUCCCCAAUCUGAAAGGCCUAAAGCAAAAGGCUCGCUUUCUUGGGUAUAUGGUAAAGUCUCUAUUACAGGCCUAUGCUGGCCGCAGGAAAUGUGACAAUAGGGAUGACUUUAGGAACAAGAGGUUGGACUUGGCUGGAGAGCUUCUAGAGCGAGAGCUCAAGGCACAUAUUGGACAUGCACGGAGGCGCAUGGCAAAGGCCUUGCAGAGAGACCUUUAUGGUGAUCGUGCUGUGCGGCCGAUAGAGCACUAUCUAGAUGCUUCUAUAGUGACUAAUGGUAUUUCCAGAGCAUUCUCAACCGGAGCGUGGUGUCAUCCCUUCAAGAGGAUGGAGAGGAUGUCUGGUGUAGUUGCAACAGUUGGGCGAGCAAAUCCGCUGCAGACAAUGGUGGAUAUGAGGAAGACAAGGCAGCAGGUUCAAUAUACAGGGAAGGUUGGAGAUGCCAGAUACCCGCAUCCUUCUCACUGGGGUAAGGUUUGCUUUCUCUCAACCCCGGAUGGUGAGAAUUGUGGACUUGUAAAAAAUUUGGCUACCACUGGACUAGUUAGUACAAAUGUAAUGGAAUCUCUGAUACCCCAAUUAUUAACAUGUGGCAUGGAGAAAUUGGUGGAUGAUACUUUUACAUCACUGCGUGGGAAGGAUAAAGUUUUUCUGAAUGGGGACUGGGUUGGAGUUUGUGAAGAUUCCCUCUCAUUUGUUUUGGAACUAAGGAGGAUGCGUCGCAGGAAAAAGUUGCCACAUCAGGUCGAAAUCAAGAGAGAUGUACACCAAGGAGAAGUACGCAUAUUUUCUGAUGCUGGAAGGAUCCUACGCCCUCUCUUGGUAGUUGAGAAUUUGAACAAGGUUAAAUCAUCCAAAGGGGGGAAAAGUUCCUUCCAAUAUUUUCUUGACAAUGGAAUAAUCGAGCUCAUUGGAGCAGAAGAAGAAGAAGAUUGCUCUACUGCGUGGGGUAUUAAGUAUCUUUUCAUGGAAGACAAGGGAAAAUCAGCCGCGAAGUUCACACACUGUGAACUUGACAUGUCAUUUUUAUUAGGUUUAAGCUGUGGCAUUAUCCCAUAUGCAAAUCACGACCACGCACGGAGGGUCCUAUACCAAGCCCAGAAGCACUCUCAACAAGCUAUUGGUUUUUUCUACCACCAAUCCUAA